UAUACACACACACACACACAAAUACACCAACUCUUCCCCCACCCUCUCUUCUCUCUCUACUUUAUAACUCCAAUGGAGAACAUCACCAAGAAACAAACUUGGAUCCCCAAUUCAACACCAUCAGCACUAGCCAUGCACAAGGAUUCACACCCAAUCUCCAAAGGUGUGAAGCCCAAAAUACGCAUAAUUCACAUAUUUGCACCGGAGAUUAUAAAGACUGAUGUUGCCAAUUUUCGCGAAUUGGUGCAAAGACUCACUGGGAAACCAACUCCUCAUCAUCAUCAAAAGAAGAGCAGCCGCAGUAUUAGGAAACCAACCACUAUAAGAGCAAGAUCAAGAGAAGAGCCAACUAAGAAAAUGGAGCUGAGAGGCGGGUUCGGGUCGAGAGAUCGGGUCAAGGCGGAAGGAGUGACGUGGAAUGCUGAGAGUAGUUCGGGUGGGUAUUUGGGUGGGUUUGCGGAUUUGGAUGGUUUCAUUCAAGAGCUUGGUGAAUUCCCAUUGCUUCCUCCUAUGGCCAUGGUUGAUAAUUCUCACAUGCAUGGGUUUGAACUUUGAACAGUAUCUGCAGCUUGGCUAGCUAAUUCAACAUUUAUUAAUUUCAUUUAUUUAACUUUAUAUUGAAUAACCGAAUUCUAUUGAAUUAAUUUAAGAUCAGUUAAUUUAUAUUUUAGGAUUAUCUGUGUGGCUGCUCCAUUUGGAUGUAACAAAAUCAAUAGAAACACAUUUCUGUAUAAUUUAUUAUUUUAUUUAUUCCAAAUGAUUUUUGUUUUUCAA